CAUUGUAAGCACACAAAAACACUGAAAGGGCAACUUCCGGCUGGUCUGAACUUUAAAUAAAUAAUGUAUCCCGGCGUUAAUUAAACCAAGAGAGCGUUUGAAAUGAAGAAAAACACCGGAGCAGUAAAACAGCAGGGGGGCAAAUAAUCCCCUCAUUAAAAUCAUCGCUAUAUAGGGCAGACAUUACAGUGAGGCUAGCCGCAGAGCUAACAGUCACACCUGCUCAGAUAUCUUCCCGUGCGUACUGCAUACUGUAAAUGCCCACCAGCAUUUAUUACCAAAACAUUCAUCCCAUGCUGUAAUCUGCGAAUGACUGCAUAAAUCUCAGCGACAAUGGACUGUAAGAGGGAAAAGGACAACGAAACAGAAUGUGCAAAAAUCACCACUGUGCUUCUGAAAUCCCGCACUGGGGAGUUCGAUUUGGAGUCCAUCUUGUUUCUUAAACUGAGGAAAUUAGGAAUUUAUGAUCUUGGAUGUAUAGGAGAGUGUGUAAACCUGGAGAGGCUGGACCUCUCAGGAAAUAACAUCACAAAUCUGGGGCCUCUUUCACCUCUACGAAGACUCCUCGUUCUUAAUUUGUCAGCUAACAGAAUCUCAAAUUUAGAACCCCUUUCCAGCUGUGAAAGUUUACAGAGUUUGAAUCUCGCUGGUAAUGUGAUACCGAGUGUUGAUAAUCUUCAUGCACUCAAGAUUUUAAGAAAGCUGGAGAGCAUCAGACUGAAGGACAACACUUAUAAUUACAGUAAUCCAGUCUGCAAGAAUCCAUCAUACCGAACUCUUAUUCUUGAAAUGUUCCCAAACUUGAAAGUGUUGGAUGGUGAAAGGGUGGUGGGACGUGGAAGUGACUUAUAUCAACUAUGCAAAGACAUUGAUGAUACUAUUAAAGCAGGCAUGUAUAAAAAUGGCCAACUGCCUGAGGUGCCAGAGACCAAACCUUGGGUGGAUGAUGGUUUUUGGGAGAUAAAGAGAUCAAACAAUGCCAUUGUUGAUGAAGCCUAUAAACAAUUCAGUGAUGUUCUUCAUGAAUGCAGGCUGCUGAAUAGUCGAGCAGCACAUGUGAUCUCACAAAACGAACGGACCUUCAGCCUCAAGAACCAACCAAAGCAGUACGCCGUUUGAAUCUGGGAAUCCUUCAAUCGAAUUAUGUUUCCAUGAGAAUGCAUCAGUUUUCCACAGCUUUUUCUAUGUUUUUUUUUAAAAAUCCAUAAGCUUGAUGCAUCACCGGUGCCAGAAUUCCAAAAUCCUCCGUGUUGCCUGCAGUGUGAGGGUUUAGUUUUUGUAACUACAUUUGAGUUCUUUCUGAUUUUCCACCAUUUAGAGCAGUGGAUCUCAACCAGAGGGCCACAACAAACAUCCAAGGGGGCCUCAGUAUUUAAAAUAAGCUAAAACAACUUAAAAAAAACAAGAUAUGGCUUAGUAUUUGGUUAUUUUUAUAACAAAUAUACACAGAUGAGCCAAAACAUUAUGACCACCUGCCUAAUAUGCUGUUGGUCCACGUCAUGGUGCCAAAACAGUGCUGACCCGUCAAGGCAUUGACUCUACAAGACCCCUGAAGGUGUGCUAUGGUAUCUGGCACCAAGAUGUUAGCAGCAGUUCCUUCAAGUCCUGUAGGUUGUGAGGUGGAGCUGCCGUGGAUCAAACUUGUUGGUUCAGCACAUCCCACAGAUGCUCGAUUGGAUUAAGAUCUGGAGAAUUUGGAGGCCAGGGCCACCUUGAACUCUUCAUCAUGUUCCUCAAACCAUUCCUGAAUCCUGUGCAGUGUGGCAGGGCGCAUUAUCCUGCUGAAAGAGGCACUUCCACCAGGGAACACCAGUGUCAUGGCUGGUCUGCAACAAUGUUUAGGUAGGUGGCAUGUGUCAAAUUUACGUCCAUAUGAAUGGCUGGACACAGGGUUUCUCAGAAGAACAUUGCCCAGAGCAUCACACUCCCUCCACUGGCUUGUCGUCAUCCCACAGUGCAUCCUGGUGCCAUCACCUCCCCAGGUACACAUGUACAAGGCCAUCCACGUGAUGUAAAAGAAAACGGGACUCAACUGACUUGGCGACCUUCUUCCACUGCUCCAAGAUCCAGUUCCCUACACUCACAUGCCCAUUGUAAGUGCUUUCAAUUGAUUUUGUGUGACUUGUGCCACAGUAGACCGAUGAUCUAUUGGCUUGAACCAGAUGGGAGAGCUUUCGUUGCCCUCAUGCAUCGAUGAGCCAUGGGUGCCCAACACUUGUGGACCACUGUUGGUAAAUUCUCACCACUGCUGACUGGGAGAAAACCACAAGCCUUGCCAUUUCAGAGAUACUCUUACCCAGUUACCUUGCCAUAACAAUUUGGCCACUGUCAAAGUCACUCAGAUCUUUAUUCCUGCCCAUUUCUCCUGCAUCCAACAUGUAGAUUACAAGAACUGAUUGUUUGCUUACCAUCGAAUCUACUUAGACCUCAAUAUGUGGCCUUGUUAGGAGAUGAUCAAUGAUAUUCGCUUCAGCUGUGACUGGUCAUAAUGUUUUGCCUCAUCAGUGUACAUCUUUCUAGUUAUGUUAAGCUCUAAAGCUCUAUAUUUUAUUGGGUAGAAAUUGUGAGUGAAGGGGGCUUUCAAGUAUUGUUGUGGACCAUAGGGGGUCUUGAAGUGAAAAAGGUUGAGAUCCACUGGUUUAGAGAGACCUAUACUGUAGUUACCCCUAAUCCAAUUUGAUCACUGUCUCAGGAUGUUCAGAAUCAAGACAAUUCCUCUUUGCACUCCUAAAACAAUGCUGUAUUUAACAUUGUGCGUUAAAUUAUGCUUAAAAUGCUGCUAUUUGUAUAUUUCGUAAUGGUGAAGCACUUGUAUUGUUUAUUAACCACUUCUGAUGCUUUCCCAUGUUGCUCUUCUUGUUUACAAUUUUUAGAGAAUGCUUUUUGCCUUUUUAUUCUAUGCCUAAUGUGGACAGUUUUUUUGUAAAUUGCUUGUUUCAUAUGGUAUUUUUUCUUUUUAUUUGCUCAAGCCGCUUUUUGUUUUAAACUACAUUUAUUUCUUAUGAUAUAUGAUCAGCUUUGCAUCUUUGUAUUUACAUUUUGUUGGAUAAAGUACAUUCAUGCCAAA